GUGGUGCCUUCGAGCCAGCAGCCCGUAUACACUUCGGGAGAGAAUCUGGCGCUUCUCCUAAGACUUAAGUUCUUCGCGACGCUUGAAACAUUCGAACGACGUCCUCGACUCGAGGGGGCUGAGCGACGGCGGUGCAUCGAGUAGGCUUAGCGUGCUUCACGGAGCGUCGCGCGGCAACCGCUUGAAAAGGUCCAAAGCUACUAUGCCGUUCCACAGGAGCCUGUUCGGUCGCCAUCGGGACAAGGAGUGGUGGAACGCGUGGGACUACCCCUCACGCAUCUUCGACCAGAAGUUCGGCGUGGCGCUCAGGGAUGAAGACCUGUUCGACCGAGACCCCUUCGCCAGGAGGCCCCUAUCUACGCUAUCGCUAUCGUCACCGCGGAGAGGACAGGUGUCCGGCGGUGCCUGCGACGUAGUGCCCCGCUCUACAGGAGUCUCGGAGGUCGUCAACGACGACUCUAAGUUUGAAGUCCGCCUCGACGUCAGCUUCUUUAACCCCAACGACAUCACCGUCAAGGUGUUAGGCACAGACAGCGUACUGGUGCACGGCAAGCAUGAAGAACGCCAGGACGAGCACGGCUUCGUGUCCCGCGAGUUCACACGCCGGUACAUGCUGCCUCCGGACGUGGACCCCGAGCAAGUGAGCUCCGAGUUCCUGGCCGACGAAGAGGGAGUGCUCGUCAUCCGUGCCGCAAAGAAGUCGCCCGAGCCAGCCGCUCUCAAAGAGCGAGUAGUGCCCAUAGCUGUGCUCUCGCCAAACAAGGCCAAGGCCUGAGGAAAUACAUGCUGUUGCUAUUUUA